CUGAGAUGAGAAGUUUUGUAUGAUUCCAUUCUAUGCCAUUUAACAAAGUCCAAAGCUCCAUCGACAUCCACCACCCACAGACACAAUCAGUUGUAGUUGAGAAGGAAAAAAAUCACACACACACAUAUACAAUGAGUGGGAAAGAAAAUAAGAUAGAGGAAGAGGAAGAGGAGGAGGAGACAAAGGUUGUUCAUCAUUGGAGCCACGAGCAUCGACUUACUCUCGGGGAACCUCGUACAAGACUAGGAUGUUUUGGCUGUGGAAGGCGUUUUAAUGAAGGAGUGAAAGCUUAUGAAUGUAGCCAGAAAUGUGGGAAUAAAAUCGUAUUAGAUGAAGAAUGCGCAGGAUUGCCGAGGAAGAAUAGACACACAAUGCACCCACACCACAUACUCAUUCAACAUGUAUUCAACCUUGAUGACUGCUUCGACGAGACACUCAUAGGAAAGUUGUGUGCAAUCUGCGAAAGGUUUCUUAUCAACACGGUGGGGUGCAUUUUCUACAAAUGUACGAGGGCGGAAUGUGAGUUGUGGAUGCAUAUGAGAUGCGCGCAGGGUAGUGACAUGAUGUACGAUGCAGCCGAUGAUGAUGAUGACGACGACGAGCAAUGUCGCACCGCAAAUCAUCUGAGUCACCCCAAACAUGGAUUGAAGUUGGUGAGGAGGAAUUGCAGCUUCAAGUGCGAUGCUUGCGGCACCACACGUAGGGGGAAGUCCUACAUGUGCUGCGAAGCUAAUUGCCAGUAUUGGAUCCACGAGAGCUGCGCAUCGUUGCCUCAAACCAUCGAAACCGAGUACCACUCUCACUCCCUCUCUCUCUCUCUUUCCAUGUCCCUUCUCGAUAUAUCAAGAACGACUUCAAAUGUGAAGUGUGUAGAAAAUUUUUACUGUCUAAAUAUUGGAUAUAUCAUUGUGCUCUCUGCACCUAUGUUAUCCAUCUCAAGUGCGCGUUCAACGAGUCGCCCCACACCACUAGAAGAAAUGAGAAAGGGAUUAUGGAGUUCCCAAUAAGUGAUGUGAGUGAGGAGCUAAUUGGACGUUUGGUAAAGAGAGAAGGAGGAGCUAUAUCAAUAUCUCAUCAUGAUGAAGAUUAUGAGUUCCACAAUCACAAACUCAGAUUAGUCUCAUCAUCUCAAGAAGAAGAAGAAGAAAUUAGUGAUGGUAAUGAUGAUGAUGAUGGAAAAGAUCAAAAUUCGGAAUUAAUAUGUGAUGGGUGCAUUACUCCAAUAUUCAGCCAGAAACAGAGAUCGUCUUCAUCAUCAUCAUCAUCAUCAUCUUCUUCUUCUUCUUCAAGUAGUAAAGAUUACUACUAUAUGAGUUGUAGCAGUGGAUGCAAUUACAAUCUUCACAUGGCGUGCUUCCGCUUGCCAUCUCGCCUCCCCUCCAUUCCACUCCACCACCAAUCUGGUCACCACCUCAUUCUCAAAUCUUCUCACAAACUUCCAUCCGAGGAGUGGGAGUGCAAGGUGUGUUCUCUCAAGUCAAGUGGGCUGUUCUACGCUUGUACAAAAUGCGACUUCAGAGCAGACAUCAAGUGCGCUUCUCUGCCGGCCGCCAUAUAUCACACGGCUCACCCACAACAUCCCCUCGACUUUCUCCCUAGCGAGAGACAACGUGACCAGCACAAUCAGAUGUUUCGAGAUCUACUUAACCAUUGUCUACUAAAUGACCCGUAUGGUGAGAGACGAAAUCAAUAUUCUACAGUGAUGAAACUCCUUCAACGUAACUAUGCUGAGAUACAAAUUUACUGUGAUGCUAUGUGUGGCAAUGCCGCACACCAUUAUGACUGUUACGCAUGCGGCAGCUGCGAGUUCAUUGUGCACGUUCGAUGCGCUACGCUGCUGCCGGCAUCGACCAGCAGCCGUAGAUGGGACAAGCACCACCCGCUGCUAUUGACGCACGACGCCAAUCUCAACUAUCCGGGUGAAUUCUACUGCGAUGCAUGUGAAACAUAAAUGAAUCCUAAGACAUGGAUGUAUCACUGCCGCCAUUGCGAUCUAUCCAUCCAUCCCCGCUGCUUGAAAUCCACAUCGGGUGACUAUAGAAACAUCAAGUUCGGAAAGGAGUAUGUGAUUAAUGCGGCAGCUCACACACACACACACCAUCUCGGAAACAAGUAUGUGAUGGCAGGUGACUUCAUUCGCCUAAAAGAAAUAAACAUCAAGUUUGGAGACAAGUAUGUGAUUCAUGCGGCAGCUCACCCACCACACCCUCUCGCCUAUCAACUUCUCACAAAACGCCGCUGCGACCUCUGUGAUGAGGAUAUGUAUCAACGGCGAGGAUUUCAGUGUGCAUCAUGCAACUUCUGCGUUUGUUUAGACAACUGCGGUGUCGAAAUGCUUAAAAAUGGCGACAUGAACGCCGUCGAGUACUGAUGUUUUACAUCUUUCUUCUUGUAUUGCUUUUGCUUUGUGUUUUAGGUCUCAACGUUGGAGGAUUUUUUGUUUGUUUGUUUUAUGUUUGUUUGAUCAAUCUGAUCCUAUGUUUGGGUGUUUG